GUGGAAAGAAUGUCAAUUUAUUGGAGCGAGUAGGUAGUACCUAGCGUGUAUUCAUUACACAGAAACCGUUUACUCUAAACGGAAAAACGUUUUGCAACGAAAUAAGAGUUUCUAAUGGACACAUUCAGGUAGAUCCCGUUCGUAUUAUACCUCAGCGGUAGGUCCCUCCCCGUUUGGUUUGCUCCCGUUUGGCUCUUAAACGGUACACGGUUUCCGGUGCGAGACGUAAUGAAUACACCCUUGUUCGUGUACGUCUCCCUCGACGUGUUUUGUUAUUGUGGAGUCCUGUCACACACCCGGAGAGGCUCAAAGGUUUCGAUUGAUUGAGUGGACGGUGCUGUGCUAGCUAGCCACCUUUUUCCUAACUUGCAUAUUUUCUUUUGCUAAAGCUCCCAAAAACUCCGCUCAUUCGACGCCAUGGACGUUGGUCAAGCAUGCCCCCCUGCCCCCACUCUCUCUCUUGACCCAGACAUCAACCUGAACUCUCCCAACAAGGGCCUGGGCCCCGCAGGAGGAGCAGACCCGCUGACUGACGUCCCCGUGGAGGGCGGCGCCAUGGGGGUAUCAUCCAUCAACACGUUGCCCCCAGGGCUAACAGAGGAGGAGGCUGAGGAGAUCCGCUCUGAGCUAGUCAAGGUGGAGGAGGAGAUCAGCACCCUGAGACAGGUGCUCCUGGCCAAAGAGAAGCAUUCCGCUGAGCUAAAGAGGAAGCUUGGGCUGAGCCCCCUCAACGAGCUCAAACAGAACCUCACCAAAGGAUGGCAGGAUGUCCAGACCUCUAAUGCAUAUCUUACAGCGUCUGCAACUUUGGAUGAAAUUUCCCGAUCUGAAGCGUAUAAGAAGACUCAGGAGACCCUGUCUGUGGCGGGACAGAAGACCACCGCUGCCCUCUCCACCAUGGGUACUGCCCUCAGCAGGAAACUGGGAGACAUGAGAGCGCUGCCGUUCUCUAACUCCUUUAGUAGCAACUACUCCAUCCGCCAUUCGAUAAGUAUGCCAACGAUGAGAAACUCGCCGACCUUCAAGUCGUUUGAGGACAAAGUUGGAAACAUGAAGUACAAGGUGGUUGGAGCCAGAGGUAACGGUGAAGCUGUCCAGUCCCCAACCGACACAAACCCUGUUCAGGACAACGCACCCUUCUGAAGACCCCCCCCCCCCCUCCUCUCUCUCUCUCUCAUCACCGGGACUGUGACAUCAUCAUCAAGAGCCUCAUCACUGAGUGACACAUGACCUUUGGCCUAAAGAAGUCACACAUUACUCACUACUGCCUCCCUCACCUGACCGGCAAACGUAGUGGCCUCUAUCAUUAAUACUACUGCCCAGUCCUAAAUCACCCCGUUAGCCCCUACUCCGUAGCCCCUACCCUCUCCCUUGUGGACGACUGAAAGGACUGGAUUGAUGUGUGCAAUAUGUCAACAAUUCCAGCUAUGACAGGGCAAGGUGGAUCCACUACCAUAUUGUUUACUCUGAUCUAGUUCCUUCAGAUCGCCACAAGUGCCUUGUAGGUUAGGGGCUUAAAGGUCCGUUUUGAAAUGUCCCUCAGCCCCAUCGCCUACUAAAAGCAUGUGCAUAUCUCAUCUCACUGUGCAAAUACAAACUACCGCAAAAUACAACCUGAGGUUACAUAACAUCAAAUCACCACAGCUUGUAAAAGGGAGAAAAAAAACUAAGUUAAACCAUUUUGUAUUAUAAAACAAUUUUACACUGCUUUGCAUAAUGUUUUUACAUGACUUAUCUAUAUGUAUAAAUAUGAAUAAAUAUAUUAUGAUCAAUACUGCCAGUCGGCAUUCAUCGGUAGGUAUGGCGGACGUGGAGGCUCAAACAAGAAAGGAAAAUAAAAACACUACGACUACAACAAUGAUCAGUUUGGUGCUCUGCUGAGCAUUCUAUUUCUGUUUUGGUGCCCUGCUGAUCAUUCUAUUUCUGUUUUGGUGCUCUGCUGAGCAUUCUAUUUCUGUUUUGGUGCCCUGCUGAUCAUUCUAUUUCUGUUUUGGUGCCCUGCUGAGCAUUCUAUUUCUGUUUUGGUGCCCUGCUGAUCAUUCUAUUUCUGUUUUGGUGCCCUGCUGAUCAUUCUAUUUCUGCUUUGGUGCCCUGCUGAGCAUUCUAUUUCUGUUUUGGUGCCCUGCUGAUCAUUCUAUUUCUGCUUUGGUGCCCUGCUGAGCAUUCUAUUUCUGUUUUGGUGCCCUGCUGAGCAUUCUAUUUCUGUUUUGGUGCCCUGCUGAGCAUUCUAUUUCUGUUUUGGUGCCCUGCUGAUCAUUCUAUUUCUGUUUUGGUGCCCUGCUGAGCAUUCUAUUUCUGUUUUGGUGCCCUGCUGAGCAUUCUAUUUCUGUUUUGGUGCCCUGCUGAGCAUUCUAUUUCUGUUUUGGUGUGUUUCUACAAUGUGAAGCAAGACUUUGGUGUAAAGACCAGUUUCUACCUUCAUCAGAUGGCUAUCUUUAGGCCUUACUCCUUCAGUCUUACUGCUUUCUGUUACUUUGCUGGUAUAAAAUAAAUGUACGUUUUUCUAUUCUUCAUCUGGAAGUUGUAGAAUUAGCGUUUAACCUGGGAGGUGUUUGCUUCUCUAUUUUUUAUUUGUAGGCUCAAGUGCUUACUGUUGUUGUGCCACAUCUGAAACGAUCAACGGUCAAAGACAGCUCUCUGCGUCCACCAUUUUAUUAUAAGAAUUGUCCGCGUGCCUCAGCUGUAACCCCGCCACACACUCCUGUACCCAGACGUACUCCUACCCACCCUGUGACUCGCUCUACUGUUAAAUCAACAACACUUCCUGUUUUAGCCAGUGUGCACUAACCCAGUCUCUUUACACUAUAACGAACAGCUACCUGUUCCCUAGCUGAUAACCUUCAACUUCAACAUGAAAUAGCUUCUAUUGGUUUGUUGACAACGUCACUUUUUGUUAUUUUCAACAUUGAUGUAUCUACGUAGAUUGUAUUUUUUCUCCCCCCCCACAAUUUAGUGCUCUUACAUUUCUGUCCAGGGGAUGGAGUAUUCAUUUACCCUUUAACUUUUUAGUUUAGUUUUUAUUUAGUAGUGAGUUAUAUUUAGGUUGUGUUUUUGAUGUCUCUCCCUUGGGUAGAGUUUAAAUUUAAAAAAAUUAAAUAUUUAAUUGCCAUCUGUAAAUCUUUGCCAAUAUUUAAUACCUGCCUGUUACAGAUCUCUCAACGCAAAACUAUAGUUAUUCCAUAGAUCGCAGUUAACCUAUCUGGACCCCCACCCCCCCAGACACUCGCCAGACAGAGAAUUUCCGGAAUGCGUUUUAGUCCAGGACUAAGUUUAAUCUGUGUUGACAGACAGGGCCUCCUAAGGCAACCCAAUUUUAUGUUUUGUUCAAUUUAUUGGCAAAAAAAAAUCUGAUCGGUCAAAAGACCAAUUUAGUGGCAAAAGAUCAGAAUUGGCCUCCGUGUGUAAACGCAGCCUUAGUGUAUUCAGUUUUCUAUUGUCUCUGGUUAUGACAUAGAGCAAGGAUAAAGGAAGAUGAAUCCAUAGACUGUGUUGAGCUGCAAAAACAGUGUUUGGGUCUAAUGUACACUUUUGGGACGCCACGGCUGAAUUUGUUAACACAUUUAUUGAAGGCAUGUACAAUGUUUGGGGAUGAUAGAAGGAAUAUAUAUAUAUGAGCUUUAUUUAGAAUGGGAGCCUAGUUGUAGACAUUUUAAAUGGAUAAGAUACGAGCAUGGUGGAUGAAUUCAAUGUUGGUUUGUCAUAUGUGGAGAAUAUCAAUAAAGCAUUCCUUUAAACAAA